AUGGGCCCCGCGCGGCUGUCCCGGGUGCCGACGCCAGGCGCUGGCCGUGGUGCUGAUUCUGUCAGGCGCUGGCAGCGGCGGCGGCCCCGCUGCCUCUCCCGGUCCGGACCCGGCUCUGCCCCGGCCCCCAGGCGCCACCGAGUCCCCAGCCCUCAGGCCGCGGCCCCGGCCAGGGGCGCGGCCGCAGGCGGCACCAUGCGCCCGGCAACCCUGCUCCUCCUGCCCUCGCUGCUGGCACUCCUGGCUCAUGGUAAGGGACCCCGGCGUCCAGCGGCAGGACUGGGGCGGGGCCGGGGCCUUAGGGGGAGAGUGCUGGGGGUGGGGGACGGUCCCGGCGCCCAGGUCCUGAUGUUCAGCCGCCCAGCCAGACAUCGCGCCGCGUCGGCUGCGCUGCCCCCGGCGCCGGCCAAGCCCGGCGGGGCGCGGGUUCCGCUGGCGGGAAGCUACCGCGACUCCCGCCAUUCGUGCCCGGCCGAGACCUCGCCUUUAAUCAUCUCCCCGGAUCUAAUGGGAUAUCUCUGCUGCAAUUCAUCACGCCACCCCCUCACCGCACUCACACUCACGCGCUCACCCGCGCGCUACCUCGCCACACUCCAGGCGUCGGGGGACGCCAGGGCGCGAGCCCCAGCUGUGCCUCCCUCCGGCCUGUCGUUCUACCGGCCUUACCGGCUCCGGCCCAUCCCUCGGUGUCAUACUCGUCGUGAGAGGACUGGCCCCACAUCCCGCGGCCCCCAGAGCCCCGCUCAAAGCCUGGCCCCAACUUCGUCGUCCCCGGUCGAGGGAAUCUUUGCCAUGGAGUGCCGCAUCGGGCCGGGACCAGGCUGGGCUCCUGAACUGCAGUUUGGAUCUGCGGCCCCAGGCAAGCGGAAGCACCUUUUUGGACCUCUGGCUCUAUCCCCACGGUGCCCAGUGCCCUCACCCCGCCCCUGGCUGCCCACACUGGGUCCUCAGACAGCUCAGGGAACUCACAGUCGCGUGUUUCUGUUGCGGGGGCGGGGGGUAAGGUUCCGCAAAGCCGCAUGGAAGGGGCUGCGGAAGGAGGAGCCCACCUCCCAGGCUCAGCUGUCCAAGGACUUGAACUUCUCCAGUGCCCAUGGAACCACCUGCCCAAGGGCUUGUGGGGUAGGGAUGCACCUGCUGGGGACAAUCUCGAGGAUCAUCCACUCCCCAGUGGAGAAGAAGAGGCCCCACAGGGCCAGGUCAGAACCCCGACAGGCCUUGGUGAAUGAGAAAGACAGUCACUCCUGCUCUGGCAUCCUGGGCUGCCCCAUGCCGCUCCCCAGCCCCUACCAGCGUUCAGCCCCCAGGCAGGCUGGCUGGCAGGAAGGGGCAGGAGUGGGAGGUCCUGGCUGGGCCCAGCAGGAACAAGCAGCUCUGCCAGGAGAUGAGCAGGGACUGAGUAGGCAUGACAAGGAGGACAAUGGGGAGACCAGGCUUGCCAGGGAAGUGGAGGGAACAGGCCAAGCCCGGGGAGCCUCACAGGCUGGGGUGCUGGGCAAGAGAAGCCGCUUCCCUUCAGCCCCACAAGACCACGGAGGCAAGAAAAGCCUGGGCUAUUCCACAGGACUCUCCUCAGAGCCCCCAACCAUGGGUGAAGGGCAGGCCCCAGGCAUCGAAGAGACAGAUGGGGAGCUGACAGCAGCCCCCACACCCGAGCGGCCAGAACGAGGCAUCCACUUCAUCACAACAGCCCCCACCCUGAAGCUGCUCAACCACCACCCGCUGCUAGAGGAAUUCGUACAAGAGGGGCUGGAGAGGGGAGAGGAGGAGCUGAGGCCAGCACAGCCCUUCCAGCCUGACCCACCUACGCCCUUCACCCCGAGUCCCCUCCCUCGCCUGGCCAACCAGGACAGCCGCCCUGUUUUCACCAGCCCCACUCCAGCCACAGCCGCAGCACCCACUCAACCCCAGUCCAGGGAGGACCCCUGGAACCUGGAGUCAGAGCCCCCUGCGCUUCUUGUCACAGCUCCUCUACCUCCAGGGCCCAGCACGGCAGUGCCCACCCCAGGCCUAGAGGAGAGGCCCAGUACUAUACCCCCUGGCAGGGCAUGGACUCUAACCCAAGAAGGUCCAGGUGACAUGGGAAGGCCCUGGUCUCCAGAGGUCAUGUCCCAGACCACAGGGCUCAGGCUCGAGGGGACCACUGCCACCUCCACAGCUUCAGGGGAUGACGAGGAGACCACCACCACUACCACCAUCGUCACCACCACCAUCACCACAGUCCAGCCACCAGGCCCCUGCAGCUGGAAUUUCUCAGGCCCAGAGGGCUCUCUAGACUCCCCUACAGCCUCCAACUCACCCCCGGAUGUCGGCCUGGACUGUUUCUACUACAUCUCCGUCUAUCCUGGCUAUGGCGUAGAAAUCAAGGUCCAGAACAUCAGCCUGCUGGAAGGGGAGAUGGUAACAGUGGAAGGCCUAGGGGGGUCAGACCCGCUGCCCCUGGCCAACGAGUCUUUCCUGCUGCGGGGCCAAGUCAUCCGCAGCCCUACACAUCAAGCGGCCCUGAGGUUCCAGAGCCUCCCGCCACCUGCCGGGCCUGGCACCUUCCAUUUCCACUACCGAGCCUAUCUCCUGAGCUGCCACUUUCCCCGACGUCCGGCUUAUGGAGACGUGACUGUCACCAGCCUCCACCCAGGAGGCAGUGCCCGCUUCCACUGUGCCACUGGCUACCAGCUAAAGGGUGCCAGGCUGCUUACCUGUCUCAAUGCCACCCAGCCCUUCUGGGAUUCCCAGGAGCCUGUCUGCAUUGCUGCCUGUGGUGGGGUGAUUCGCAAUGCCACCACUGGCCGCGUUGUCUCCCCGGGCUUCCCGGGCAACUACAGCAACAACCUUACCUGCCACUGGCUACUUGAGGCUCCCGAGGGCCAGCGGCUGCACCUGCACUUUGAGAAGGUUUCCCUGGCAGAGGAUGAUGACAGGCUCAUCAUUCGCAAUGGUGACAAUGUGGAGGCCCCACCCGUGUACGACUCCUAUGAGGUGGAAUACCUGCCCAUUGAGGGCCUCCUCAGCUCUGGCCGACACUUCUUUGUGGAGCUCAGUACCGACAGCAAUGGGGCAGCUGCAGGCAUGGCCCUGCGCUAUGAGGCUUUCCAGCAGGGCCAUUGUUAUGAGCCUUUCGUCAAAUAUGGCAACUUCAGCAGCAGUGCACCCUCCUACCCUGUGGGUACCACUGUGGAGUUCAGCUGUGACCCUGGCUACACCCUGGAGCAGGGUUCCAUCAUCAUCGAAUGUAUUGACCCCCAUGAGCCCCAGUGGAAUGAGACAGAGCCAGCCUGCCGAGCCGUGUGCAGCGGGGAGAUCACAGACUCAGCUGGCGUGGUACUCUCCCCCAACUGGCCAGAGCCCUAUGGCCGUGGGCAGGACUGCAUCUGGGGCGUUCAUGUGGAGGAGGACAAGCGCGUCAUGCUGGACGUCCGAGUGCUGCGCAUCGGCCCUGGUGACGUGCUUACCUUCUAUGACGGGGAUGACCUGACAGCCCGGGUCCUGGGCCAGUACUCAGGGCCCCGUGGCCACUUCAAGCUCUUUACCUCCAUGGCUGAUGUCACUAUCCAAUUCCAGUCGGACCCCGGGGCCUCAGUGCUGGGCUACCAGCAGGGCUUUGUCAUCCACUUCUUUGAGGUACCCCGCAACGACACGUGUCCGGAGCUGCCUGAGAUCCCCAAUGGCUGGAAGAGCCCGUCACAGCCGGAGCUGGUACACGGCACCGUGGUCACUUACCAGUGCUACCCUGGCUACCAGGUGGUGGGAUCUAGUGUCCUCAUGUGUCAGUGGGACCUAACCUGGAGUGAGGACCUGCCCUUCUGCCAGCGGGUGACUUCCUGCCAUGACCCUGGGGAUGUGGAACACAGCCGACGCCUCAUAUCCAGCCCCAAGUUUCCCGUGGGGGCCACCGUGCAGUAUAUCUGUGACCAAGGUUUUGUGCUGACGGGUAGCACCAUACUCACCUGCCAUGACCGCCAGGCUGGCAGCCCCAAGUGGAGUGACCGGGCUCCCAAAUGUCUCUUGGAACAGUUCAAGCCAUGCCAUGGCCUCAGUGCCCCUGAGAAUGGUGCCCGCAGUCCUGAAAAGCAGCUACACCCAGCGGGGACCACCAUCCACUUCUCAUGUGCCCCUGGCUAUGUGCUCAAGGGCCAGGCCAGCAUCAAGUGUGUACCCGGGCACCCCUCACACUGGAGUCACCCCCCACCCACCUGUAGGGCUGCCUCUCUGGAUGGCCCACCCUCUGUGCUUUUAGUUGCCAAGGCACCUGCUGCCUCUAGAACCCUGGAUGCUGCCCACAUUGCAGCUGCCAUCUUCUUGCCGCUAGUGGCAAUGGUGCUGCUGGUGGGAGGUGUGUACUUCUACUUUUUCAGGCUCCAGGGGAAAAGCCUCCUGCAGCUGCCCCAGCCCCAUCCCCGCCCCUAUGACCGCAUUACCGUAGAGUCAGCGUUUGACAAUCCAACUUAUGAAACUGGAUGCGCUGGCGCAAGGCGGAAAGGCGGGGCUUCGGGGUGCCAGACGAAUGCCAGCGCGGCUGCGCGCUGGGGGGUACCCCCUCUCCGCGGCUGCGCGGGAGCCGGGCCGCCGGCUGUCACUGCGGUUGCGCGCGGCGAGCGGCGAUCCCGGGGCGCCUGCGCGGGUGGCUUUGCGGGCGCUCGCGUCACCUCACGUACCACAACCUCACCUAACCUCUCACCCCCCCUCCGAUCCCCCAACCCCGGGAUGGCAGCGCCCGCCAGCCUUCCCGGCCGGACCAGCGGUCGCCAGCGCCGGCUUUAG